CGCUCGGCGCGCCGUGCGCAUGCGCCGCCCAUUAGCCUCGCUGCACCGGGCGCACUAAGUUGGGUCUCCUCUCUCCGGCGAACCCCUCAGCCCAUCGAAACCUGAAGGGAUGUGGAGAGAGCGGAAAAAAGGCUACCUUGGGAUCUGGCCGUUCCCCCUGCUGAUCGCCGCGGUCUGCGCGCAGAGUGUCAAUGAUCCUAGUAAUAUGUCCCUGGUUAAAGAGACGGUGGAUAGACUCCUGAAAGGCUAUGACAUUCGCCUGAGACCAGAUUUUGGAGGUCCCCCCGUGGCCGUGGGAAUGAAUAUUGACAUUGCCAGCAUCGAUAUGGUUUCUGAAGUCAAUAUGGAUUAUACCUUGACAAUGUAUUUUCAACAAGCCUGGAGAGACAAGAGGCUGUCCUAUAAUGUCAUACCUUUAAACUUAACUCUGGACAAUCGAGUAGCAGACCAGCUGUGGGUGCCCGACACCUACUUCCUGAACGACAAGAAGUCGUUUGUGCACGGGGUGACCGUCAAAAACCGCAUGAUCCGCCUGCACCCCGACGGCACCGUCCUCUACGGCCUCAGAAUCACAACCACAGCCGCCUGCAUGAUGGACCUGCGGCGGUACCCGCUGGACGAGCAGAACUGCACCUUGGAAAUCGAAAGCUACGGAUAUACAACCGAUGACAUUGAGUUUUACUGGCGUGGGGACGAUAACGCAGUAACAGGAGUAAAAAAGAUUGAACUUCCACAGUUCUCCAUCGUAGAUUACAAACUCAUCACCAAGAAGGUGGUCUUCUCCACAGGUUCCUAUCCCAGGUUGUCCCUCAGUUUCAAGCUGAAGAGAAACAUUGGUUACUUCAUCCUGCAGACCUACAUGCCUUCCAUCCUGAUCACUAUCCUCUCCUGGGUCUCCUUCUGGAUUAAUUACGACGCCUCGGCUGCCCGAGUGGCAUUGGGAAUUACAACUGUCCUUACAAUGACCACCAUCAACACCCACCUCCGGGAGACUCUCCCUAAAAUCCCCUACGUGAAGGCCAUUGACAUGUACCUGAUGGGGUGCUUUGUCUUUGUUUUCAUGGCCCUUCUGGAAUAUGCUUUGGUCAACUACAUCUUCUUUGGGAGGGGACCCCAACGCCAAAAGAAAGCAGCCGAGAAGGCUGCGAGCGCCAACAGCGAUAAGAUGCGCCUGGAUGUGAACAAGCCUGGGAAGACCUCCAGUGGUGUUUACCUACAGGAAGCUCAUCACCCAUAUCUAUUCCAGACUUACGGCAAGAUGGACCCCCAUGAGAACAUCUUACUCAGCACUCUUGAGAUAAAAAAUGAAAUGGCCACAUCUGAGGCUGUGAUGGGACUUGGAGACCCCAGGAGCACAAUGCUGGCUUAUGAUGCCUCCAACAUCCAGUAUCGGAAAGCCGGGCUGCCCAGGCAUACUUUUGGCCGAAAUGCCCUGGAGCGACACGUGGCCCAGAAGAAAAGCCGCCUGCGGAGACGCGCGUCCCAACUGAAAAUCACCAUCCCCGACUUGACUGAUGUGAAUGCCAUAGAUCGGUGGUCACGCAUAUUCUUCCCCGUGGUUUUUUCCUUCUUCAACAUCGUCUACUGGCUCUACUAUGUGAACUAAAACAUAGCCUCCCUCGGGAAGCAAGGACUAGACCCCUCCUCAAUCCAGUUGUACAGCCUGACGUAGGACUUGGAAAACACAUCCAUCCGGAUCAAAGUGAUGCUAAAAUACCUUAGUUGCUGGCCUAUCCUGUGGUCCAUUUCAUACCAUUUGGGUUGCUUCCGCUAAGUAAUGAAUAACUAAGGUCCUUGUGGUUUUCCAGUUGAAAUGCAAGUGACUUGCACGCAUGCUGGCAAGACUGAGUCCGAGUGCUCCACUUUAUCUGCUAGGUGUGCAGCCAACACAGGGGAACUAUUUAGAAGGUGUUCUUAGAAGGCGCGAUAGCAUUGUCAGUCAUUUCGCUGAGAAACGGUCAUGUCCAGAUACUCCCAUCUCAACCCUAAGGUUGGCAUGCUGCUGAGAUGGCACCGUGCUUACGAAACAUUAUCCUCAAUGCCAUGUGAACAUGCUUACGGAAGGUGGCCUGUGCCUAUCUUAUUAAGGCGAUAAUGGUGCCAUGGGCAGAUAAUUCCCACAAUGAAUUCUAGAAGGUUCUCAUUGUAGUUCAAACAAGAUAAGGGGAGUCAAGACAGAGAUUCAGGAAACCAGCUUGGCCAGUUUCAGAUUGCUCGAGCACUGGGAAUCAACUAUGAGGUCUUCCAUGUUGGCAUGUAGAGUCCAGGAGAAUUCUGAACAUUACCAUGCACAGUGGCCAAAGAAAUUUUUCUAAAACUCUAUUUCCUAGGUGGUUAAAAGAAGAGUUAAAAACCCAGAGCAGAGUGGAAAAUCCAGAAAUGACUGUUGGAACAAAAUGAAAUAAGUAAGCAGCAUGACCCUUUUCAGCCCACACAGCAUCUGGUCUAUACAUACUGUGGUCAGUGGCAAAAGGCAGAACAAGAGAUUUUUUUCCAACCUCACAAGCUUUUGACAGCAUACCUACAGAGGCCUGUAUAGUUUAUUUAAUUAAAAGACACCCACAAAAGAGAAAAGUUAGCCCAAUUAGCAUCAUCUUAGAUGCAGGUUAGGUUGAGUUAUUGGAACGUACUAAUGCAAAAUGCAAACAGGUUGCUUUACACACACCGAUGUCUGCUGUCUCUGCAACAUUUUGCCCUAUAAGUUUAUUUCUGACUUUAAUAGGGUAUUUCCAAAGAGGGAUUUGUUCAUUUCGUUAAAAGAUUAAUGUUCCUUUCCAGUUUUUCUUGCUUCUGAAAGUCUGAUUGUAUUUUUAGGAGACAGAAAACAGAAGGCUUUGGAGAGAUUGAGUGAACUCUGCAUCCUUAUGUGCAAUGAAGUUCAUCUUACUAUUUUUCAGAGCAAAUAAUACUUCCAAGGUUACGCGCACAAGUGGAGUUACUGUUGUGGGUUUGUUAGGUUUGCUUUUUUAAGGUUGCCUUCACUGUGUAUGUUGCAGUCUCCCUAGUCAAGGAAAAUAUGGCAACCGUGGGAAAUAGGAUAACAGGGCAUGUUAACCUGAAGGCUGUGAGCCUCAGUUGAUAUUGCAGGAAACUAACUGAUAAUCUGGUAGGCACGGUGUUUCGUUUUUAUUCCAUUUUCAAAUCAUGUCAUUGUGCUGCUUUCUACCAGUUGGACAUAUGCAUUCAUAUGUUGGACAGCAAGGAAAGUAAGCUAAUAUAUUUUAUUUUUAUCAACGUGAGGUUCGUAUUUUGCUUUUUCAUGGAGAAAAUAGUGAACUGCUAAAUUUUCCUUAAAGGUGGAUUUCGUUGAACUUUUUCUUGGAAGGUGACUUUGCUGUGUCUAUUGAGAAAGCAAGGCGCACUUCUUUUCAGAGUAACAUUUCUAAUUGUGCGUAGUAGCCAAGCCAGUCUCUGCCUGUGGAUAAAAUGUUAUGUUCUGUUCCCUCUGAUGACUUAGCCACUUGGAAAGUGAUGGAUCCUACUCUCUUUCUCUUCCAAGUAUCUGAGAAGAAGGAAAAGGUUUAGUACUUAGAUUUUUGAAUUUGCCUCAAGAUUGGAUGUUGUUUUUCUCUCCCCACUGGCAUCAGGGACCGUGGCUCUCAUUUCUUGAUUAUACACUUAAACACCUCUGAGUAUGAUCUUUGGGCAGAAUCCAAGCAAGGUUCCGCCCAUAGGCUCAGAGUAGAAAGUCUUCAAGUUUCUCCAGGGACACGCUUUCAGCUUUCACCUAGGCAAUGAUUUGGGGGCAUCACACUAAUAAAAGUGCCUGCCCCUCUUCUCCAGGGGUUCAAGUUUGAGUAGCAUAUAUCAGGAAGGAGCAUAUUAAUAACUCAGGUGCACAACUCCAAAAUGCCAUUCUAGGAUGGUUUUUCUAGAGACAACUCAGAGCCCACAUCUGGAAGUGGGCUUUUAUUUGCAAUUAUUGUAAAAGCCAUAAAAACCCUUGAUAUUGUCACUUAACACAAAUUUGAUAUCAGAGGAAGUCAACCGAGUAAUCUAGAUCAGAGGGGAAAAAGGCAGCCUCGCAGCAAGACUGUCAAAAGCAUGCAACCAGGGAUUCAUUUCUGCCCCCGGUGAUAGGAAGAAGCUAGGAAAAGAGAGACUUGAUGGGACCUGGGACAGAUGCCUUAGAGCAAAAUCCAUAUAUCAGCAUUCAGUAGCCACGUAGUUAGAAACAACUGGCUCAUCCUGCCCAGAGGUAACAAACAGUAGAUACAGAAUUUAUUCUUAAACUCCAUUUUUACUGUGGUUCAAUUGGAUUUGGGGAGGGGGCAUCGGGAGGGGUGUUAGAUCUCAUAAGUCCACAAAGACCAGUCAGCUUGAUGUCCAGUGGUUAAAUUUAAGGACCACAAAAGUGUGUUUUGGCAAUUCUGAUAGGCUAUUACCAUCAGUUUAUACAUGUAUGUAUAGUUUGGGUUUUUUUUAUUAUAAAACAGCCAGAUAGCCAGCAAUUAAGGUGUUUUUUCAUCUUUGUGAAAUUCAUAGGCAAAUUCUGACUCUAAGAUGCACAGUCUAAAUGAAACCUUCAAUCUCAAUCUGUAUAUAUAUAUUGUACAUGACUGCUAGUAGGUAUGAAAUGCAUUCUCAGAACUGAAAACUCAUGCGACGUGAUCAUGUGUUUGCAUAGGGAAUGUUACAAUUCUGUCCACUGCAAUUUGCUAACGGAAAAGAUAUAAGAUACGCAGUGCCAUCUAGACCUUUUCUCAUUUCUUCAAAAGCAGUGCUCGGUUAAAAAUAAUAAUAAUAAUAAUAAUAAUGGUCUAUGAACCAAAAGACUUUACAUUCUAGCAUUAGGAACAAAAAAAUCUGUCAGCUUAAAAAAGCACAACACAUAGAGAAAGUUCAGUGGAAAGCAUACUGGGGAAAUGGAUCACGUUCAUUUUAAGCAAGACCUGCAUUAAAUUGGCAACUAAGACAAUUUUCAUUUUCUGUAGAUACCUGUGUUCCAGUUUUAUGAUUAACUUCACACUCAACAACAAAAACAGCAAAGCAAUCAAUAAACAACAGGUCAUACAACAAUCUACAUGUAUAUAUGUGUAUAUAUAGACCCAUGUAAACA